AAUUGGAAAAAAGGAUUACUCGAGCAACAAAACGAUAGAGAUGCCUCCGAGGAUAGCAAGACGCUGUGCAGUGCCAAGCUGUGGGAAAACACAGUCUUUGCAUUGCCUUCCUUGUGAUCCUAACAUUAGGAAAGAGUGGAUGAAUUUUAUUUUGGAUGCAGUUCCAGAUCACGUAAAUAAGACACUGUUUAUUUGUUCGCUUCAUUUUACUGCGGAUUCAUUUUCAAACAAGUCACAGUUUGAUGCAGGCUUUUCAGAGAGACUGAAAAUUAAAAAUGAUGCAGUGCCAUCCAUAUUGGAUCCGACAGUAAUGUCGCAACACACAAGUCCCAAGACAAGUCGUGAAAUGGGAUGCCAGACGGAGGAGCCCAACACCAGAGACGGAGAAUGCCAAACCAUCCAAGACUUGAAGCAGCGUGGCUGGAAAGUAGAACCAAAGAUUGAAACCCCAGAACAGCCAGCGAAACAGCAGGAAAUGGCUGCCUUGGACGUGGACAGCAGUCAGAGCGACUUUCUGCAGCCGGCCAGCGGCGCCCAGGACCAGCAGACCACAGGCCUCACGGCCAUCCAGUUGACGGGCUCCUCUGAUCGCUGGGAGGUUCUAACGCCUGUGAGCUCAGUGAAAGACGAGCCAGCAGUAGUGCAGGUACCCAGCGGAGGACUUCUGGGCAGCAACGGGCAAUAUGUGGUGCCACUACAGACUAUGGCAGGGCAGACCCAGCCCGUUUUUGUGACUGCGGGUGUGGAUGGCACCGGUGCCAAUGGGGUGCAGUAUCAGGUCAUCCCUCAGCUGCAGGGGACGGAUGGGACUUCACUAAGCUAUGCAGCACCCACUGCAGAUGGAAGCACGCUGGGUACUGACAUUACUAUCCUUCCGGAUGGGACGCAGGGCAUUGCUACAGCCACCAAUGCUAAUGACCUCCAGGGCCUGCUGAGUCAAAGUGGGCACGUGCAGCAGAUUCCCACUGUCUCACUGGCCGGCUCAGGGUUUGGCGCACAGGGCCAGGUUGUCGCUAAUGUACCGGUGGGGCUGCCGGGCAACAUCACGUUAGUGCCAAUAAAUAGCUUGAGUAACGUGGAUCUCGAGUCUUUGGGGUUGGCUGGUGCUCAGACCAUAGCGACAAGCAUUACUGCGGAUGGCCAGCUCAUCAUGACUGGUCCCACCACCUCAACAAGCGAUAACCAGGGUGACAGCAAAUGCACAGAGCCACUUAACGCCAACAACGCUAAUGCCUUUGUGCCAACCACCACCUCUUCCAUGACGAUGUCGCUCCCCGAGACGAUAGAUGGGACUGGCGUUCUCACCCAAGCCACUGCUUUAUCAGCCGGGCAGCAGGAUCUAUCUUACAUCCAGCAGAACCACACGGCUGGCGGUGAACAGGUGGUGCAGCUCUUACCAGCGCAGACGGUGGAUGGAGCGGCGCAGACACUACAAAGCGUGCAGCUGUUGAAUGCUGGUACGUUUCUGAUCCAAGCCCAAACUGUCUCUCCCACCGGCCAGAUCCAGUGGCAGACCUUCCAAGUUCAAGGGGUUCAAAACCUGCAGAAUCUACAGCUGCCGGCUGCUAGUGGGGUCUCAUCCCCCCAAAUUACCCUUGCCCCUGUGCAGACCCUUUCUCUUGGGCAGACUGGCACCACAGGCGCGUUGGGACAGAUCCCGAACCUUCAGACAGUCACAGUCAAUUCUGUUGGUCAGUACCAGCAAGACGAGAACACGGAAAGCCACUCAGAUAUUCAAAUUAAAGAGGAGCCAGAGUCUGAUGAUUGGCCAAAUUCCACCCUGAACACCAAUGAUUUGUCACAUCUGCAUGUGCGGUUGGUUGAGGAGGAUAAGGAGGGGACCGGCCUAGAAGGAAAGAGACUACGUAGAGUAGCCUGCACUUGCCCCAACUGCAAAGAGGCUGGAGGAAGAGGUUCAAGUAUGGGAAAGAAGAAACAACACAUUUGUCAUAUCCCAGGGUGCGGUAAGGUGUAUGGUAAGACGUCUCACCUUCGAGCUCACCUGCGCUGGCAUUCAGGAGAGAGACCCUUCAUUUGCUCGUGGAGUUACUGUGGCAAGAGAUUCACCCGCAGCGACGAACUCCAGCGUCACCGCAGAACACACACAGGAGAGAAGAAGUUUGUGUGCCCAGAGUGCUCGAAACGUUUUAUGCGCAGCGACCAUUUGGCCAAACACAUUAAAACUCACCAGAACAAAAAAGGGCUAAACUCCAACACUGGGGCAGGUCACACAGAAACUGCUGCCCCCUCGGACACCAUCAUCACAGGGGGUGGAGCCACUCUCAUCCUCACCAAUCUGCAGCAGGCUGGCACCCAGGACCUUCUUUCAAACUCCAACCUCCCGCUCCAGUUGGUCACUGUCUCUGCCAGCGAGGUCAUGGAGUGACCAAAAUCAUGCCCACUUUCACAGCUCGUCUGCUUUUCACUAUCAAUUUUUAUAUAUAUGAUAAAAAAAAAAAAUAUAUAUAUAUAUAUAUUAUAAAUAUAUAUAUUUUAAAAAUGACAUCCAUUUAUGUUCAAUAGCAGUCUUUUGUACAAACAAGGCAAAAAAUGACAUUAAAUGUGGUUCCAGUUUCUGCUGAGACACACACACACACGUAUGCAUCUACAUGCUCAUAUUAACUCGCGCUCAUACACAAGUACAUACACGGAAAUGCCUUAUUUUGUAUCAUAAUCUGUAGUAUAAAAUGCUGGAGUUGCAUGUGUUUUUACUUUUGCUCAUGUAUAUGUUCAGGGGAUGAUCAUUAGAGAGUGUGACUGUGUAAUGGAUGUUAUGGUACACGGAAAGCCAGGAUGUGUGUGUGAGAAUGAUUACAGUGAGACUGUUCUGUGAGAAUGACAGCAGGAGAAGGACACUGUCUGCUGUGAGGGAGAUUUACUCAUGAUCUGUCCAAUUUUAUCCUCCUCCCUCUCAGCUGGCCUUUGUCUAAAUGUGUCUUCACUCUUGCUUUUAUUUUUAUUUGAUGUCAUGUUAGUGGUCUUUGCGCUCUUGGUCACAUGUCCUCUGGAUCUUGUUCGAGGAUCUUCUGAUUUCAUUGUUCUGCUGCCCACAUGCAACUUGAACAAGACAUCAGGCGGCAGAGUAAAACAAUCGUGUAAUAAA